AUGGGCCUGAGCGCCGCCGUGUACCGCGCCGUGCGGCGCAAGGGCUACCAGGUGCCGACGCCCAUCCAGCGGCGAACGCUGCCGAUGGUGCUGGCGGGGCAGGACGUGGUCGCCAUGGCGCGCACCGGGUCUGGCAAAACGGCGGCGUUUCUCAUUCCCAUGAUCGAGCGGCUCAAAGCGCACUCGAACACGAGCGGGAUUCGCGCCGUGAUUCUCUCUCCUACGAGAGAGCUGGCACUACAGACGUUCAAGUUCACCAAGGAGCUGAGCAAAUUCACCGACCUCCGAGCGGCCGUGCUGGUGGGGGGAGACAGCAUGGAGGGGCAGUUCGAGGCGCUCUCGCGCAACCCGGACAUUCUCGUUGCGACACCUGGCAGGCUCAUGCACCACCUUGCUGAGGUGGAGGGCCGAGCAGCGCGCGCGGGCCGUUCGGGCACCGCAUAUUCUUUUUUCACGGCAGAAGAGCUGCCCUUCGUGCUCGACCUGCACCUUUUCCUCUCCAAACCGAUCCGCCCGGCGCCGCUAGAUUCCGAGAUCGAGGCGACAGGUGGCGCGAGCCUAUUGGCCGCAAAGGAAGCACAGGAGCGGGGGGAGACAGUCUACGGUAGAUACAUUCAAACCGAGCUGGACCGUUAUCUGGAGAGGCUGAGGGAGCUGGAGAGUUCAAGUGUGGCUGUGGGAAUGCUGCAGAAGGUGGCAGGGAAGGCCAUGAAGCUGUACCUGAGAACACGGCCAGCGGCGUCGAACGAGAGUGCGAAGCGGAGCAAGGCGCUGGCAGGGAGGGAGGGCGUGCAUCUGCUGCUGAGGGAGCGCUUGGGCGGGCUUGAGUCGGCUGCUGCUGCUUUCGCGGAACACCUCAAGAAGUUCAGGCCAAAGCAGACCGUCCUGGAGCUCGAGGCAGAAGCAGCCACGGCGAAGAAGAAAGUGGUGCGUUGCGGGGGCAGACCGAUGGUCGUGCACCAGAUGACGCACCAUAUCCAUCCUGGUGCAUCGGUUGUGCUGGGCGCUGUGACAGCAGAGAUGGAUAUGUUGUGGGCCAAGAGAGAGGCGCACCAGACGGGAGUCAAUAUGCCCUUUCCAUCUCCCUUCCCAUCUCCCUUCCCAUCUCCCUUCCCAUCUCCCUUCCCAUCUCCCUUCCCAUCUCCCUUCCCAUCUCCCUUCCCAUCUCCCUUCCCAUCUCCCUUCCCAUCUCCCUUCCCAUCUCCCUUCCCAUCUCCCUUCCCAUUUCCCUUCCCAUUUCCCUUCCCAUUUCCCUUCCCAUCUCCCUUCCCAUCUCCCUUCCCAUCUCCCUUCCCAUCUCCCUUCCCAUCUCCCUUCCCAUCUCCCUUCCCAUCUCCCUUCCCAUCUCCCUUCCCAUUUCCCUUCCAUCUCCCUUCCCAUCUCCCUUCCCAUCUCCCUUCCCAUCUCCCUUCCCAUUUCCCUUCCCAUCUCCCUUCCCAUCUCCCUUCCCAUCUCCCUUCCCAUCUCCCUUCCCAUCUCCCUUCCCAUCUCCCUUCCCAUCUCCCUUCCCCAUCUCGCUUCCCCAACUUCCUCCCGCCCUCAACCCAAGGCCCCAUAGCGGCGGGGUUGGAUGUGAAUUGUGGUGUGUGCAAAGAGGGAGGCGCACCAUCAGCAUUCCCCUUCUGCUUCCCGCUCGCCCCCUUUCCUGCUUCUCACUUCGUCUCCUCUCCUCGCGUCAUCCUCCUGGCUUACCCCGGGGCCGAUAGCAGCGGGAUUGGAUCGGGAUUGGAUGUGAUGAGGGCGAAGAGGGAGGCGCACCAGACAGCCAUCAGCAAUGCUUUCCCCCCCUUUCACCCUUUCCUUUCUUCCUUACGUUGCCCUUCAUUGCCUCUCUCCAUCCCGCCCUCACCCCAGGGCCCCAUAGCAGCGGGGUUGGAUGUGAUGAGGGCGAAGAGGGAGGCGCACCAGACAGCCAUCAGCAAGAGGCGAGACAAGCUGGUGGCGGAGGGCCGCGAGGUGUGGGGCCAUGGGCUGGGGGACGAUGGGGAGGAGGAUGAGGAGGUGGGUGGAGAGGUGGACGAGGGGGAGGGAGAGGAAGGGGAGGAGUUAGAGGAGGGAGAGGAGGGAGAAGAGGGGGAGGAGGAUGACGAGGAGGAUGAUGAUGAAUUUACUGGUGUUUUGGAGGAGGAUGAGGGAGAGGAUGAAGGGGAAGAGGGAGGGGAGGAGGAUGGAUUGGUGGAGAUGGGUGAUGAUAGUGAUGGAGAGGGGGAGGCGGGUGGGGGGAAAAGGAAGAGGAAGGAGGGGGAGGGGCGAGGGGGAGGCGGGCAGGGGAGGGGGGCGAAGAGGGAGAAGCCAACGACCUUCAAGGACGACCAGUUCUUUAUCAACAGCAUCCCACCCAACAGGCAUUGGGAGAGUGGCCUUUCAGUCAACGGGCGGCCCAAGAACGAGUUCUCAGCUGAAGUGCAAAAGUUUGAGGCAGAGGUGCUGGAUCUGGCACCUGAUGAUGGCGAAGGGGCGCAGAAGAGGAAAUCAGUGUUUCACUGGGAUAAGAAGAGCAAGAAGUAUGUCAAGCUGAACCCUGGAGAGACCCUGGGUCCGUCGGGCAAGGUGCGCACGGAGAGUGGCACCAAGACCAGCGCGGGCAGCAAGGGCAUCUACAAGCGGUGGAAGGAGAAGACGCACAUGCGCGUGGGCGGCAGAGGGCCACGUGGCAGCGCUGGAUUGGACGCUGGCGAGGAUGCUGGAGGUGCUGGCGGCUUCUCGAGGGGGAGGGGAGGAGGAAGAGGGGGGAGAGCGGGGAGAGGAGGCAUGUCAGGCAGAGGAGGGGCGGGCGGGCGAGUGAGGGAUGAGCUGCGCAGCGUGGAUGAGGUGCGGAAGAUGCGCCAGACUGCCAUCGCUAGAGGGGGCGGGGGGAGAGGAGGGAGUGGAGGGAGAGGAGGGGGUGGAGGGAGAGGAGGGGGUGGAGGGAGAGGAGGGGGUGGAGGGAGAGGAGGGGGUGGAGGAAGGGGUGGGAGUGGAGGGAGGGGAGGAAGGGGAGGGAGCAGAGGGAGGGGAGGGAGUGGAGGGAGGGGUGGAGGGAGGGGAAGGGGUGGAGGAAGGUCGAGUUCUAGUGGGAGAGGGGUUGGUAGAGGGGGCAAAGGCAAGAUGGGAAGGGGUGGGAAUCGUAUGUAG